AUGCACAAGCAAGGGUUGACAUACAAAUAUGGGAAUGAGCCGCGAGUUUUUCCUGAGAGACGGAAAAGGGAGCGGCCGCCGCCUUUCCAACCCCUUGAUCCCCAAAGAGACCUGGCAGCAACGGCGGAGAUUAAAUCAGCGGCGCAGACCCUUAUGGCAGUGCCCCCCGAUUGUUACGGUGCUCAACACAGUUCAGUUAAGCGCCCCGCGUACGAACACCGCCGCGAGUCAUUUAGAAGAAGCGGGCACCGGCGAAGCCAAACAGAAACUGAGCAACUUAGCGUAGAGCAACGCAAUUUCACCUCCCGGCAACAAAAUGAAGGAUGCAGCACGCAAGAUGUAGAGGAUGGAGCAGUGAAGACAACGACCCAUCAGCCAGAGGUUCCACCGAUGGAGGCGAAGCCCCCUGAACCCAGUCCGCUCCAGGAGCUGUUACGACGAAUUAUCAUAUUUGAAUUCUCUUCGAAAUGCACACAGCGCUCGAUCAACGUUGUGCGGACCAUUUGUGAUACACUGUGCAAGAAUCCUGCCGGUGUGGUUGAAGCAAUGCUAGUCAUAGAGGGGUGCUUUGCUGAUGCUUUGAAAGAAAGGAACCAGCAAAGACUACUCCACUAUUGGUAUAUAGUGGACGCCAUAAUGAAGUUAUUCCGGGACAGGCAGCUUAUGCUCGAGGCGGUCUUCGUCGCCCUGCCUCAUCUUCUUCUUGUGUACGUACCCUGGAAUAACAGCAAAUUGGCCAUGGAGCCGUGGUUCAAUCGGGAGAAGGACACCGAAAAUUAUAAAAACUUGUUUAAUGUGUGGGAGUCUAUUGUGCCCGAAAAAAUUACAAACGACAUCAAGAAACUUUGGCAAGAUGGAUUCCCUGUGGGAAUCCACUGA